AUGCCACCUGCUCGCAUGAUAACGAAGCAGUCUCCCGACGAAGAAAAGAAUGUUUCAAUUGCCAAAGAAUACAUGCGAAUCGCAUACUCACCUUCAGAAAACAAAGGUCGCAAGUCUGUCGAGCACCUCUGUGCAGAUGAUGCCUGGUUCUGGGCCCCCACAACUUUCCCUGGCGUCAAGUCACCACAAGAUUAUGCAGAGAGUCAUUCACAUGUUAUGGCCAGUAUCGCAGACUUACACAUUGUUUGCUACGAUCAGGUGUUUGCCAAAGAUGGACAUGUGCUUUUGAGAUACACGGCUGAGGGAAGUCAUUGCGGAGAGCCUCACAAUGGAAUCGAAAAGACUGGGAAUAAAGCCAAGUGGUCGGCGGCAGCCAUCUUUGAGGUUGAGGAUGGCAAAGUCAAGAGCUUUACUAAGGAUUGGGAUAAGCUGCAUAUGUGGAAGUGA